AUAUUGGACCAGGCAAGACUGCCCUAUAAACAAAUACAAGUAAACAGGGAGCUGUGCUUUUUCUGGAUAAAAGCACAUUAUGUUUACAUUCCUCAACUAAUUUCAAUGGUUUAUGAUCUACGUGGAGUAUAAGAAAGUUCCGUCUCCAGUUACAUUUACUACAUCCAAACGCCAGGGGGCAGUAAUAGAGACAAACCGUUCAGAAAGCAGCAAAUCGAAGGACCAGAAGAAGUAAAACACGGAAGCUUGUGUUCAAUCGAUUCAUCAUUUAUUCUUGCUAUGAUAUUUGUGGUGAGGAGGAGACUGGAAGCUCUUAUGAAAACCAAUUUUAUAAACUUUCUUGGCAUCCAAAACGACGCAAAACUCUUUAUCGGAUUGCAGGGAGCCUGGAGCACAACCUGGAUGGGGUGCCAACCCAUUGCAGGGCACAAUUGCACACACCAUGGACAAUUUAGAGAUUCUAAUCAGCCUGUAACACAUGUCUUUGGACUGGGGGAUGAAACCCCUGAAGCACAGGGAGAACAUGCAAUCUCCACGCACACAGGAGGCGGGAAUCAAACCCCCAAUCCUGGAGACCCACCGCCUGGCUGUGCUGGUAAUGCAAUGAGCAGCCUGAAGUCUGAAUGCCAGAAAGAGGAUGCGACUGUGGAGCAUGUCUACUGCAGAGGUGCUGUCACUGAGCUGCUUAAAUAUGGGCCCAGAGACCUGCACACAGCUACCAAAAACUCUAACUCACCCCAAGUACUCAUCCUCAUUAUCCCAGGCAACCCUGGCAUAGUGGGAUUUUAUAAGACCUUCAUGUGGACAUUGUAUCAGGCAUUUAACCAACGAUACCCAGUCUGGGCCGUGAGUCAUGCUGGACACUGUGCACCUCCAGACACAAUGGAUAUGGUUGAAGAUGCUUCGGUGGCCGAGGCAGAGGAUGUGUUUGGCUUGAAUGGGCAGAUUGAGCACAAACUGGGCUUCCUCUUAGAACAUGUGCCCCGAGACACACAGCUCAUCCUGAUUGGUCACUCAAUCGGCUGCUACAUCAUUCUGGAUAUGAUGAAGAGAGACCCAGAGUUAAAGGUGGUGAAGUCCGUACUGCUGUUUCCCACUAUUGAACGCAUGGCCUCUAGUCCGCAGGGCAAGGUCAUGACUCCUGUGCUGUGCCAUCUGCGCUAUGUUGUCUACUUGCCCAUCUUCCUGCUCUCUCUCCUACCUGAGAGGCUGAAGGCUGGCAUGGUGCAGCUGGUACUAAGGAACCUGCAUUCACUAGACACAUCCUGCGUCUCAGCUACCCUCAGCUUGAUCAAUGUGGACUGUGCUGCUAAUGCUAUGUAUAUGGGGAGUCAAGAAAUGAGGAUGGUGCUAGAUCGAGAUAACUUGACCAUACAACAACAUCUUGACAAGCUUGUUUUUUACUAUGGAGCCACAGACCACUGGUGCCCUGUGCAGUACUACCAGGAUAUCCGAAGAGACUUUCCCGAUGGAGACAUUCGUUUGUGUGAGCGUGGACUGCGCCAUGCAUUUGUCCUGGAUGCGGGUGAAGAGAUGGCUAACAUGAUCACACAGUGGAUACGUGAUGACCUAAGAGGAUUAUAGUACUACUAGUAUCAAACCUGACCACUGACCUACACAGGCCCUGUGUUCCAGUGCCGUUCACAGUGACUUACGAGGAACAGAUUAUCAAAGACCUUUUAAAGGCCUUUAUUAUGGUGCUGAAACCCAAUGCUUCUCAAUGAACACUUGAAAAUGCCCAGAUCCUCAAAUUUGCUUCUUAAAAUAAGAAUUUUUAAAUAAGUGGCUACUCUACCCUUAACAAAUGAGUACUCUGUUUUUAUUAAGACUACAAGCAAUAACAGAGAAUUUAGAAAUGUGAUUCCUUUACCACUCACUGCUUGGCUAAUUAAGAUUUAUGAUAAACUUUAGUGUCUUCCCAACACCUAGCCUCUGUUUUUUUUUAUUCAGUGAUUGGAUUUUGUCUUUAAUAGUUAAGAAAUUAAAUUUACUGUGGCCACUAUAAUAGCAGGUUUUAACCUAUGUUAAAUCAGUAAGCACACAUUUGAAGGUUUGAGACCAAAGUCUUCCUAUAUUGUGCAAUCUGAUUAAAAAUCAGAUGAAAAGCCAGAAAAAAAAUGAUCAUUGCACCAAAGCAUAGACAUCAUAUACCCAAAUCUGGUGGGUGUGUUUUUUUUUUGUUUGUUUGUUUGUUUGGAGGGAUUACCUGUAGUUUAAUAGAAAGGUAAUUUAAUAUUAAUGGUUGGACUAGUGGUUUACCAUUAAUCUAUAAUAAAUUAUUGUAAAAUAUCCAAGUAUCCUUGUACAAUAUUUGUCAUGGUAUUCUGAUUAUAAAUACUGUUGAGAUAUUCUGAAGGAUGGCUAUAAAACACCUGUCUAAAAAAGUGAUGUGGAAAGUUUUUAUAAAGUAAUACUGACUAUUACAGUGAUUUAUUCAACUAUAAAUAUGUUGCACACAUGUGUUUUCCAUUUCCAAUGAAAACGUAGAUCAUAAGAAGACCUUAAAUGGGGUUUGAUUUGUUUUUGGUCAAAAAAUAGCAUUUUGGCAUGGUGGCAAGAAAGCAGAAAAAGUGCAUACUGGCAGGAGUCAAAUACUACAGGCCUUAUGACAGCAAACUAGAGCUUUUGAGAACAGAGAGUAAUGAAUUUUCAUGUGUUCCAUGCACUUUUCAGUGCACUGGCUUCCUAUUCGGUGUAUUUGCAGCAUUCACCAUAUGGAUAGUGCUUAACAGCAUCAGGCCUGUCACUCUGCCUUGGUUAUAUUUUCCCACACAGCAUACCAAGACUCUCAAAUAGUGUUGUACCUGAAAAGCUGUUCUUCUCCUAUACUGAUAAUCAUGUGGACAAAACAGGGCUCUGUUUUAAGAAAAACAUUAUAGAAAGGCUUGGGUCCAGUUGCAGAGUUUUAACUGGUUGAACAUGCAAGUCUCCCUCAAUAACCCCCAUGUCCAGAACAGUAGGAAGUCCCACAAACCAGUCAGUCGUAACAAACAUCACAAAUCACAUUGUUUUGCUUUGUCUUGGAUACGACUAUAUUCCUGUCUACCACAAUAGAUAAUGCCCUUUUGAUUUCAACAUUAUCAUCCCUGAACCAGAUGCUGCUAAUAUCCAGCUUGGCUUUGUCAUUUUGACACCAGAUACACUGUAAGUAUUAGUGAUUUCAUGAUUCCUAAUUAAACUUCACAUUCAAGGAUGUCCUAUAGGCAUCAUACCAGUGAACAAUAUCUUGUGUUAGUGAAAAGCUGAACAAAUGUAGAGUAAAACAUCUCCAGCUGAUCCGGUCUGUUGGAUGUCCCAGAGGAAAUGUAAACCCUCGACAUGUAAACCCAGGCCUCUUUAAUCUCCCUCUUCUGCCUGUUCAGAAAAGAAUGACAAAGCCCCUUAAUUUGCUUAUCCUUGAUUUAAACCAGGAGGCAGGGCUAGUUCAUCGAAGGAAAUGGAGUAAUCCCGUCCGGGUGGAUUGAAUUGUGGCAAAGCAAACAAGCUUUACUGUUUUACAUUUUCAAAGUGGUUUAGGUUUUUUGUGGCAAUGAAGAGUCGGCCCAGAUAUAUACAUGCUUUUUCCUGCCAAAUAUCAUCUGUAACGGAUCAAGUUUGUUCCACUGGUCUUUGUUAGGUCUUGUUUUGACAUAGUAGUAGUUACUCUUUGUCCCCCCUUUCAGUUUUUGUACCAGUAUAGCUUUAUCUAAUAAACCUUGAUCUAUAAGUGUUUGCACUGUAAUAGUGGGCUGUCUUUUCUGUCUUUUCUGUUCUCAUGUUUUUGAGAUGUGUUUUCUGGUAAUAAGAGGGUGCGUCAAAUGAAAACCUUGAAAAUGCGAUGCAAAUUAGAAUUUAAUCCAUUUUUUUUUUGUAGAGGAAUCUUUUUUAUUAACUUUUAUUAAAAGUACUGGAACACUUGAACGAAAUGGUGAUUAUGUGGAAAAGCGAUACACUUUCGUGACACCUAUUGGCAAUAAACAAUGCAAAAUAAAAAAAAAUAAGGUUUUCAUUUGACUCGGCCUUGUGUGUUUGUGUUUUCAUCAUUCUGUUUUUUUUUUUAAGAAAUCCACAGACAGCAACCAUGUCAUCUAUAUAUUAAACUGCACAUUCUCGU